UCCAGCCACAAUCCAGUUGUUUCACUCUAAGAUGGGCCUGCAUCUUCCUGCACAGAGGACGGGGUUCUGAAUGCUCUGCUAGCACUCUCACAGAGACAGGACAAGAGCAAACAAGGGCUGAUUUCUCAAGACCACAGAGACUGCAUAUCAGCCCAAUGUCAAGACUCUGGGCAGAGCCAAGUUUUGUGUGACAGAAGUCUGUCAGCCCCAUCUUCCUGAGAAAGGGGGGGGGUUCCAUGUGAGACCACUGCCGUUCUCUGGGAGCUUUUGCCUAGGCGAACUUUUAGCAUGAUGAAAGGUAUGAGCAUCAAGGAAGCCAGGCUACAGGAAGGACCAUUUUAUGCUGCUGAAUUAAUCUCAAGGUGGUAGGCUGGAAAAAAGCUCUUUCCUUCCUUGCCGAGGGGACAUGCACCACCAGUGCUCUGUGGACUCUGACAUUGCAGACUGGCUGACCCUCAUCCACCUGGAGAGAUACUGGGAUACCUUCAAGAAACACGGAUAUGGCUCCGUGAAAGAUGUGCUCUCUCUCAGCAAGGAGGACCUGCAGAAGCUCGGCAUCACCGCUACUGGGCACCGCAAAAGGAUUCUGAAUUUAGUACAACAAACCCGACUGCUUGUGAGGGACAGAAGUGGGCACAUGGCAGGAGAUGCUCGUUACAGCUCUGGCAAGUGUGUAAAUUCUCUGGAUGGGACUAAGGCGGCAGAGAAGAAUGAAGUGGGCACAAAGAAAGACGUCUUGGUAGAAACUAUUCCCAGCCUUGGGGUUGAACUUGACUCUGAAGACCACAGUCAGCAUCCGCGGUUGAACAAGGAACCGGCACCUCCUGUGACCAAGCCAGUGCCCAAACCCAGGACAUUGUUUCCUCGUGUGCACCAAGCAGCCAAGCCAGAGAAAGUCCCGUCGGCACAAACACCUGCGCCUGUCUGUAACCCCACGUCUUGCUCUGAACCACCUCUAAGAACGUUUAUUAUUCUGGAGGGAUUUGAUCCAGGGGAAAGUACCACGGACGCUGAGAGGCUUGAGUUCAGUCCAAAGCACCAGGCAGGGCCAGGAGACAAAGUCCAAGGGGUCGCCCUGCCACCUCAGAGUAGACCAAGGGAGGGCCACUUGGAAUAUGCUCUGCAGUGUUUUGCUCCUGAGAGUGGCAUGAGUGUGCAUGAACUCACCUCCUCAGCCACCUUCAAGAGCCAGCCUGAGGACACCGCCAGUCCAACAGAGUCGAGGCCAAGUGCCGGCCAAGUGCAAAAAGAGCCCUUGCUGCUUCCUUCUGCCCUCACCAAGUCAGCCUCCCCAGGGGAGCAGAAAGCGUCUGUGUCAGACGUCACUGUGCUCCUGCCAGUGAAAAGCAUGGAGGCGAAGGAAACUCUGAGGAGUCAGCCUUCUGACCUGGUCAAGCAAAAUGGGACUGUGACCGUGGAGAAUGCCAGGUCUUUGGGACAGCUCUGCCUAGAUCAUCCUCCACAGGGACUUGAUAACAGAUCAGGACCUGUUGAGGAAUCCAUCAGUCCCUACUGCGAGAGCAUGUUUGGGCAAUGGUGGCCUGCCCAGGAGCAGGCUGCAGCAUCCCUUGAGUGGCAGGAAUAUGAAGAGUUGCCAGAAUGUGCACCAAACCAGGGAGAAGAAAGGCCCGUAAACACCAAGAUAGAAGAAAAGAGCCAGUCCAUGCAGCCAGUCCGCAUUGGCCAGAAUGAGACCGGGGGAUACUCUUCGGUGGAGACUCUGUGGGCCAAAGGCUCCCCAUUCAGACUCUCUGACCACCUGUAUCCUGAUGAAACUUCAGAGGACCUAACCAUCUCCCCCUAUGCCAGCUAUACCUCGCUGUCAGAGCGCUCGGUCACUGUGCUCAACGGCUGGCUGGACAAGCUGUCUCCACAGGGGAACUACGUCUUCCAGCGACGCUUUGUCAGAUUUGACGGGAAAAGUCUCAUGUAUUUCAACAAUGAAAAGGAGCCAUAUCCUAAAGGUUUGGUUCCCCUCUCUGUCAUUGAUGUCGUGCGCUCCACCAAGGACAACAAAUUCCAAGUUGUCACGAAACAGAGGAUCUUUGUCUUCAGAGCUGAAAGUGAGGCUCAGCGGAAUGAGUGGUGUAGCGUCUUGCAGCAGAGAGUGGCUGAGCAGCAGCUGCUGCGUCCCCGGCUGUGCCUCAGUGGCACCACUCGUCUCCAAAAAUCUGGGCACCUGGAGCUCAAAGGCUACAAAUCCAAGCUAUAUGUGGUGCUUGUCCUGGCUGAGAUGUGGUUGUACAAAAGUGAACAGUUCUUUAAAAUGGGCAUCGCCAUCUGCCUCAUUGAGAUGCAGGGCGCCACUAUCCGAGAAGCCAAAGGCCGCACCUUUGAGCUCAUCACCCCAUUCAAAAUCUUCAGUUUUGGAGCAGAGUCUGAGCGAGAGAAGAGGGAGUGGAUGGAGGCCCUGCAGAACUCCAUUGCUGAGACGCUCUAUGACUAUGAGGUGGCUGAGAAGAUCUGGUCUAACAAAGCCAACAGGAUCUGUGCAGACUGUCGCACCUUGAGCCCUGACUGGGCUUCCGUCAACUUGUGUGUGGUGAUCUGCAAGCAGUGUGCAGGUCAACACCGGAGCCUGGGCUCCAGCAUUUCAAAGGUGCAGAGUCUGAAGCUGGACACAAGCAUUUGGAGCAAUGAGAUGGUUCAGCUAUUCAUCAUGCUGGGGAAUGAGCAAGUGAACAGGUUUUGGGCAGCGCACCUCCCGCCUUCUGAGGCCUUGCACCCCGAGGCCAGUGCUGACCAGAGGCGGGAAUUCAUCACUCGCAAGUACCGCUAUGGGCGCUACCGCAUGCCACACCCCCAGUACAGCAGCCAGGAAAAUAUUUUGCAGGCUCUGUGUGUGGCUGUGUCUGGGCCUGGACUUCUGAAGAAAAUGUUGCAGUUCUUUGCAACCACCAAGGAAACUGAGGUGGGAGGUUGCGGGUUCGUUUCUAAAGCCAAGCCCUGGGACAACAAUGGGCAGGACCAGCAAGGCAAUGUCAGUGUGGAGGAACUGAGCUCAGAAGGAGUCUACAAUGAGAUUACACAACCUGUGGCACACCGAGGCUACUUGUACAAGGCCACAGUUGUGACAAAACUGGCUGCCACCAAGAAGAGCAGAGAGGACUUUCAGAGAGUCUGGUGCUCACUGGAGAAGUUUUUCCUCUUCUAUGAGACUGACAGGAGCUCUGAGCCUGUGGGGAAGAUAGAAAUGGCUGAUGUGAUUUCACUGGGUGUGAACAGAACAGAUGGGCUGGUUAGUCCUAUCUCCUCAGAAAGGUUCCACUUCGCACUGGAACUGUAUCUGAGCAGUGAGCGAAUGCAGCAGCUGGGGACUGAUGGGCCAGACAGUUUGCAGUCGUGGGCCAGUGCCCUUGGCAAGUGGUUCACCCCUCUCAGCUGCCACUGCCUGCUGGGCUACGAGUUCCAGAAGGUGGGCAGACUCUGCUACAAGUCAAUGUUGAAUCCCAACCAGUGGCUGCAAGGUUUCUUCAUCCUCCAGAAAUCUCAUCUCUUCAUCUGCCCAGGAGAAGAGGGGGCAGCCGAGGACAGCAUCAACCUGCGGCAGCUUCAGGAGCUCAGUGUUGUUCCCCUUGCUGAUGGUCCAGAGAAGAAAGAGAUGCUGAUCCUGGUGGAGAUGGGGCGGACGUUCUGUCUUCAAGGAGCGUCGCGGCUGGACUUCUCCGCAUGGUGCGCAGCUAUUCAGGCUUCAGCAGGGGGGCAAGGGAAUGCUCUGCGUGACCAGCAGCUCAGCAGGAGUGGCAUCCCCAUCAUCGUGAACAGCUGCAUUGCCUUCAUCACCCAGUAUGGGCUACAACAUGAAGGCAUUUAUCGGAAGAACGGAGCCAAGUCUCGAAUCAAGACUUUGAUGGAGGAGUUCCGACGGGAUGCUCGAAACGUCAAACUGCGCAUCAGUGACAAUUUCAUUGAGGAUGUGACAGACGUGCUGAAGAGGUUUUUCCGGGAGCUGGAGGAUCCUGUUUUCACCACAUACCUGCACCCUCAGUGGAAGGAGGCGGCAGCAAUCUCCCAGAAGCCCCAAAGAUUGGAGCGAUACAAGGAGCUGAUAAACCGCUUGCCCCGUCUCAAUGGCAGGACCCUGGCUGCUCUGAUUGGCCACCUGUACCGGGUUCAGAAAUGUGCUGACCUCAACCAGAUGACCACCAAAAACCUAGCUCUGCUCUUUGCACCCAGCCUCUUCCAAACGGACGGAACGGGGGAACAUGAAGUCAAGGUGAUGGAGGAACUGAUUGACAACUAUGUUCCCAUCUUCAAUAUAGAGGAAGACCAGGUGUUGCAGAUGGACCUGGAGAACAGUUUGAUUACUACCUGGAGGGAUGUCCAGCUCUCACAGGCUGGCGAUAUCAUCCUUGAGGUUUACCUGGAGCAGAAGAACCCUGACUGCUGUGUCACACUUAAGGUGUCUCCCGUAAUGAGAGCAGAAGAGCUGUCCAAUCAGGUGCUGGAGAUGCGAAAUGUGGCCCCCAGCCUGGACAUCUGGCUUACCUUUGAAGUCUUAGAGAAUGGGGAACUAGAGCGCCCCCUGCAUCCCAAGGAGAAGGUCCUGGAGCAGGCCCUGCAGUGGUGUAAGCUGCCCAAACCCAGCUCUGCUUAUUUGCUGGUGAAGAAGGUUCCCAUCAGGGAAGGCAGCUGCCUCUUCACAGGUGCUAAACGUGAGAGCCCCAAAUGUGGUCUGCUGAAGUGCCGUGAGGAGUUGCCCAAACUCCUGGGGAACAAGUUUCAGGAGCGCUACUUUGUCAUCAGGGACCGCAAGUUGCUUUUACUGAAAGAGAAACGGAGUGCUAAGCCAGAGCGAGAAUGGAUGCUAGACGUGGCCAAGGUUUACAUGGGGAUUCGAAAAAAGCUGAAGCCUCCUUCACAGUGGGGUUUCACUCUGGUUCUAGAAAAGCAGCAACUGUAUUUAGCAUGCAUGGGGCAAUCCGACCUGUGGGACUGGACCACCAGCAUCCUGAAAGCCCAGCAUGACAGCAUCCGCCCAGUCAUCCUGCGUCGGCGCUCAUCUUCUGACCUAUCCAAACAGAAGUUUGGCACCAUGCCCCUGAUCCCUCUACGGGGAGACAGCACCAAUCCCACCAUGCUCUCUGCUAACCAGACCUUGCACCGCCUGCACACACGAAGGACGUUGUCCAUGUUUUUUCCAAUGAAAAUGCAUCAGGAUUCACUAGAGGAGCAGCAGGAGGCGGCUGAAUCUGAGCCUGUCUAUGAGGAAGUGGGAAACUUUGCCGACAUGGGCUUUCUGGAGCUCCAACAGUCCCUGCUACCUCCCGUGGACCGAACCAAGAAGCCAGUUCCAUGCUCAGAGCAGGCAGUAUCCAGCUCACUGCCCCCCUGCCCAGCCCCCAGGGCAUCUGGAAUCAAUGUGGCAAAAGGAUGCUGCUUUGAGAGGACCCUCAGGCUGGAGGAGAAGGACCUCCUCCCAGACAGGCUCCCAGGACACAGUGUGGCUCCAAGUGCCGGUGUAGAGAGAAUGACCGAGUUGCAUCAAGGGCCGCCUGCCCCAGACUGGGAACAGGGACUAUCGAAAGAGGCACCUGCCUCACCUCCAGAACCUCCAAUGGGAGAGGAGCCUCAAGCUGAUGCCUCCAGGAAGAAAAGCUUCCAGGCAGACUGGUCCAUCAAUGACAAACUCAUGCAAGAGCUGAGUUCUGCCAUCCUCCGAAAGAACGAGUCCCAGGCACCUGCCACAGUGGGGAAGCAGAACCCCCGGGAUGGGGCCCAGGCACAGCUGGAAGGGUCACGGGAUCUGAGGACUGAGAUCCCUUAA